AUUUUGGUUUAAUUAAAAAUGCAUCGAAUGAAAAGAAAUAUAAUGAAAUUCAUUCCAUCCCAUUCCAUCAUUUUUAUACCUUCCGAUUUAGGCGGAAUGAAAAAAUUGCUCUAUUUUGUUUAUGAAAUAUCCCUGCAAUAGAAUGAGAUAUUUAUUCUAUUCUCCUCUCUUGUGACUCAUUGCACUCCGUUCCGCUUGGUUAGUUUUAUUGUAUUCAUGAAGCCCUAAUUCGAUCAAUAUUGGGUUCUUUUCCCUCUUCCUGCAAGUAAAAAUCCCUUUGUUUCUCAAAAGGCUAUAACAGAACAAUUACUCUAUUUCAAUUGAAAUAUCAAAGCAAGGAAACCUAAUUUCUCCAUCGAAUCACUUGAUAAUCAUCGCCGUUCUUCUCUCUCUCUCUCUCUAUUUCUCCACUUUUCUCUAAUAACCUGUUUGGAUUGGCUUAUGUAGAGCUUAUUUGGACUUAUCUACUACUAACAUAAGUGCUUAUAAGUGCUAAUAGACCAGUUUCAUAAGCGCUUAUUACCUCUUAUAAACUCCUCUAUCAAAUUCUCCUUCGUUCCAAUCUCAUUCUCUUUGCACUCUUCGCUCUGCAACGAAGAUACUUGCUUGCUUCUGAUGGAAAAGAACCAGCCAGUUUUUGUCAAAGACGCUGUCCUGAAAUUGCAAUUAUCCCUCCUUGAUGGCAUCCAAAGUGAAGACCAGCUGUUUGCAGCUGGAUCUUUGAUAUCAAGAAGUGACUAUGAAGAUGUUGUAACUGAAAGGUCCAUUACUAAUAUGUGUGGUUAUCCUUUGUGCCACAAUGCUUUGCCAACUGAUCGCCCUCGGAAGGGUAGAUAUCGAAUUUCGUUGAAGGAGCACAAGGUGUAUGACCUGCAUGAAACUUACAUGUUUUGUUCUUCUAGUUGUAUGGUUAACAGCAAAGCUUUUGCUGGGAGCUUGCAAGAUAAGAGGUGCUCAGUUUUAGACCCGGAGAAACUGAACAAUGUUCUUAGGUGGUUUGGGAAUUUGAAUAUGGAAUCAAUGGAAAAUUUUGGUAAGGAUGGACAAUUUGGUUUUUCUGGCAUGGAAAUCCAGGAUAAAAAAGAAACUGGCACUGGUGAGGUGUCUUUGGAGCAGUGGGUUGGACCAUCUAAUGCAAUCGAGGGUUAUGUACCAAAAAAAAGAGACAACAGUUCUAAGGGUUCUCAGAAAAAUACUAAAAAAGGGUCCAAAACUAUUCGUGGGAAGUCGAGUGGUGACAAAAGUUCAAUUAUCAGUGAGUUUGACUUCACGAGUACAAUAAUCACGCAAGAUGAGUACAGUGUUUCAAAAUUAUCAUCAGGGCAAACAGACACAACUUGUGAUAAACAAAUAAAUCCAACAGCGAUAUUGGAGCAGCCAAAAAGGGUUGGCAAUAAAGUAGUUAGGAAAGAUGAUGAUAUACAUGACCUGUCUUCAUCCUUUAAGAGUAGUCUUAUUUUAAGUCCCUCAAAAAACAAAAAGGAAAUAGCCAAAUCAUCUGAAGAUCUUCUCAGACCCUCUCUGGUUCCUUCUACUGAGAAGAAAGUUGUCCAUUCCAUCACCAUAUCAGAAAGCCAAUGUGAUGUAGAACAGAACGAUUCUGAAAGGAAAUCAAUACAACUCAAAGGAGAAAUAAGUAUAAUUGCUGCUAACGGAGAUGCUUCCACUUCCAAUUUAGUUCCUGCCAAUGCUGAAGGGAAAUUCCAAAUUGAAAAAACAAUUGGAUCUUCCCCGACAAAACCCAAAUCUUCUCUUAAAUCUAAUGGUAAAAAGAAGCUCAGUCGCUCUGUUACAUGGGCUGAUGAAAAAACCAACAGUUCUGGGAGUAAAGAUCUUUGUGCAGUUAAAGAAUUUGGAAACAUUAAAAAGGAAUCUGACGUGCCAGAUAAUAUAGAUGCUGCUGCAGAUGAAGAUAUGUUACGUUCUGCAUUAGCAGAAGCUUGUGCAAUUGCAUUGAGCCAAGCAUCGGAGGCUGUUGCAUCAGGAGACUUAGAUGCCAAUGAUGCCGUUUCUGAAGCUGGGAUCACUAUAUUGCCACAUCCUCCCAAUGCUGUUGAGGAAGGUACUAUGGAUGAUGAUGAUGACGACAUUCUAGUUGAGGAAGGUACUAUGGACGAUGAUGACAUUCUAGAAGCAAAUUCAGUUACUCUGAAAUGGCCAAGGAAACCUGGAAUUUCCAAAUUUGAUUUGUUUGAUUCUGAAGACUCAUGGUUUGAUGCUCCACCAGAAGGUUUUAGUUUGACUUUGUCACCUUUUGCUACUAUGUGGAAUGCCUUCUUUUCGUGGAUAACAUCAUCUUCUUUGGCAUAUAUAUAUGGGAGGGAUGUAAGUUUUCACGAAGAGUUUCUAUCAGUUAAUGGGAGAGAAUAUCCUAGCAAAAUUGUCUUGACAGAUGGUCGAUCAUCUGAAAUAAAACAAACAUUAGCCAGUUGUCUUGCUCGAGCUUUACCUGCAGUUGCUGCUGAGCUCAGGCUGCCAAUACCAAUAUCUACAUUAGAACAAGCGGUGGUAUUCUUGCUGGAUACAAUGUCAUUUGUGGACGCACUUCCAGCAUUCAGAAUGAAACAAUGGCAAGUGGUUGUUCUCUUGUUAGUUGAUGCAUUGUCCGUUUGUAGAAUACCCACUCUUAUCUCAUACAUGACUGAUAGGAGGGACUUGUUUGUCAAGGUUCUGAGUGGUUCACAAAUAGGUAAGGAAGAGUAUGACGUUUUGAAGGAUCUCAUUGUACCACUUGGUCGAGCACCUCAUUUCUCUUCUCAAAGUGGAGCGUGACAGACAGCAUAGAACUUCAUCAUAAUUUGCCAAAAGCUUCUACUUAAUCACUUUUAAUCAAGAGCACAAUGUUUUCCUUUUUCUUCUCUUUGGGAAAUUAUACCUUCCAAGUAUUGUAGUAUUGGGUAACUAUGUUCAUAGACUAAAAGGUUGUCCGAUUUGUAACUAAAACAAUUGUCCGAUUUUACAUUUUCGGUAUUGAUUUCGAGUGAAAUUGUUUAUUAAAACUCGGGGAAAUUGGAAAUGAAUCCAAAAGUCUCAACACAAAAUAAACUCUGAAAUUGAGCAUAAUCUAAUGAGUUGACCUAA